AUGGAAGCGAAUAAGACCGCCCCAGUGAACGAACUCUGCCAAGUGGUGGUACAGGCGUCUACCACCCACGCCCUUCGUGGCGUGGUCAACAACGUGCAGGUCCUCUUCAACGUCAUGACGGGGCACACGGUGGAGGAUACGGAGACGAAGCGUCCGCCCAUCAACUUGGCCAUCGUGCUGGACCGCAGCGGGUCGAUGGACAGCGGCCAAAAGCUGAAGAACGCCAAGCUGGCCAUCAAGAAGGUGAUCGAGGCCCUGGGCGCAGACGAUAUCCUGCACCUGGUGCUCUACGGCUCCGAGGUGGAGCUGGCCUUCCAGAACGCCAGCGUCAAGGACCGCGAGUCUCUACUUGCUCGGGUGGACCAGGUCGUGACCGAGGGCAUGACCAACAUGCACGCCGGCCUCGACAAGGGUUCGCAGGUGGUGAGCGAGUACGCCAAGCAGGGCUACACCAACCGCAUCUUCCUCUUUUCGGACGGCCUCGUCAACGAAGGCGUCACCAACAAACAGGAGAUCUACCGGUUCAUCUCCCAGAUCUACACGGAGAGGGACACCAAGGUGAGCGCGUUCGGUCUCGGUAACGACUUUGACGAGGAGCUGAUGAAGAGCAUCGCCGAGCACGGCAGCGGUGCCUACUUCUUCAUCGAGGGCAGCGCGGCCAUCCCUCGCUUCGUCGACUUUGCGCUCAAGGGCCUGUUCAAGCUGGUGGGCACCGACGCCGGUCUCAAGAUCCGCGGGCUCAACGGCGCCGUGGUGACUAAGAUCUACUCCCACCAUGACCUCACCAAGCCCUACCAGUUCGGCGACCUCAAGCAGGACGACCACCGCAGCGCCGUGUGCGAGCUGCAGGUCACGCCCUCGGUGCAGCCCAGCGAGGAGGUGCUCACAUGGGAGCUGGAGUAUCGGCCCGCCUCCAACGCCGAGGAAACCCUGAGCUCUGAGAGAGCGGUCAUUAAGGGCACACUCCGCAUCCACUUCACCGAUAACGAGGAAGAUGUGGCCAAGGGCGAGAACCCGCAGGUUCUGGCCAAGGUGGCCAUCCAGCGCACGGGCGAGCUUGACGCCGAGCUCAUCGGCCUCAUCAGCAGCGGCAAGACCAAGGAAGCCAUUGCCCUCACCGAGAAGGAGAUCGAAAUCCUGAGGUCUGCGCUGGACAAGGACCUCGAUGGCAGCGCCAACAUCGCAAACCACCUGAAGCAUGUGGAGACUGCCCUGGCCGACCUUCAUCGCGAGGGAGCCAGCAAGGCUAACAUGAAGAAGGCUCACCACAGGAACUACAUGAAGAGGAGAGCCUCGAUCUGCUACGAGCAGCAAUACAUCAGCGAUGAAAUGACGAAGGCAGCUGAAGACGAGGACAGCCCUCCUUCGAGCCCUCCUGCGAGCCCUCCCACCAGCCGUGCUGGAUUGAACCGCCGCAAUCUUCCAUACUCGUAA